UCUGAACACCUGCACGCUUACUAGCUUGUUCUGAUCAAUUUGAUUAAUUUUACCUCUGAUCAAUUAAUUCAGAUUGACGAACCCUAGUUUCGAUUUGGGAAUUAAUAUUAAGAAUGAUGAUGUACGAGAACGAUGAUUACAACUGUGAUUUGGAACUUCUCGAAACCAUCAGAAGGCAUUUAUUGCACGACGAAAUGCAGACCCAUUUGAUUUUCUCCAACGAUGACGCCGCCGCCGGAAUUUCGUCGAUUUUUCAGGAAUUUCCCGGCGGGGAUCUACCAGCGCCGGUGAACGACGGCGGCCUGGGAGACAUGUUCCUCUACGGCGUCUUCGGCGGCGCCGCCAAUGCGGGGAUGCUGCCGCCGGUGGCGGCGGUGGUCAAGCCGGAGCCGGCGGAAGUGGUCUCAUUUGGAGCGCCGAGGAUUCUGAACUUCGAAGCGGCGGCGAUGGUGCAGGAGAGGGUGGCGCCGCCGCCGCAGGCGAGCAGGGGAAGGCAUUUUAGAGGGGUGAGGCAGCGGCCGUGGGGGAAGUUCGCGGCCGAGAUCCGGGACCCCGCGAAAAAUGGGGCCCGCGUGUGGCUGGGAACGUACGAAACGGCGGAGGACGCGGCGCUGGCGUACGACAGGGCGGCGUUCAGGAUGCGCGGGUCCCGGGCGUUGCUGAAUUUCCCGCUGAGGAUAAACUCCGGUGAGCCGGCGCCGGUGAGGAUUACCUCGAAGAGGUCCGGCGCGGCGGGGCUUGAUCGGUCGGUGGUUCUGAGGCGGCGGAAGACGGCGGCGCAGAGUGGGGCCCAAUUUCAAAAUAUUGGAUUUGAUCAGAGUGUACUUUGAUUAAUUAAAUAAAUCGUGCUGCUUGAUUUUUUUUCUUUUUUCUUCUUUGAAAGCGCCAUCGGAAUUGUAAUUGUCAAUUGAUUGUUUCCGUUUAUUGAAUAAAAUUUGAUUAAU